UGGUCUUAUGCCCUGAAGUAUCGAAAUAGGAGCAUAUAUGGGUAGGUAUUAGAUGUGGGCUGUGUCCAGCCAAAGAUGCUCGGAACCGUUUACUCGAGCUUCGCCGGUUACCAGUCAGAGUUGGGCUCACAUUUAGCUUCAACGUCUACAGGAUAGCCCCGACCUAUUAGUACCAUCACUUCUGCAAGACUUCGAGAUGGUUCUGCAAUCGCUCAGCACAGCCCUCUUCCCCCUAGUCCUCCUCUCGGGGGUCUCUCUAGGACUGGCAGGACCACCCAGACAUAAGCAUGAAAUCCGGGACGUCCCCAGCGCCCUAACCAGCACUCAAACCGAGGACGAAACCACACAAUACUACUACUUCACCGAGUCAUACACCUCGCUCCCACCAUUCUGGCCACCACGACCAACACCACACAGCAGUGACAGCACAACGUCUACAACAACGACAUCAUCACCAGAAUACCCUUACUACUCAGAUUCCGACACCACCACGUCCUCCUCGAACUUCACCACACCCACUACCACCUGGAACUUCACCACUCCCUACACCACCACCUGGACCAGCUACUCCGACACCUGGGGCGACCAUAACACCUACCCAACGCCCAGCAGUGCAGCCACAGAUGAUGAAACCACGACCAUCUCCGUAAUCAAGACCCUCACUUCCUUUACCACCACCGUGGUGUCCAAGACCGUCAACAAGCCAUCGUCUACAAAGCCAUCCAGAACAUCAUCAUCCAAGUCGUUCACAUUCAAGACGACACCGUUUGCAAACUUGACGACGUUUACCUCCCCUAAAUGGACGACUGUUCCCGUUGCCUCGCUGACGGGUACUCCUUUCUGUUCGAAUGCGGCGGACCCGGAUAGUGGGGUGGGAAAUCAUUGCGUGUGUGGGAAUGGGGAGACUGUGGGGGUGAUUCCGUUUAGUAGGGGGGGUAAUGCUAGUGAUUAUCAGCCUUGUGCUUAUACUACUGUUGGGUAG